GUGGAACAGCUAAUGUCAGAAGACGUUGAUAAUUGAAGAAGAAGAAUAUAAACAAACACAUGUGAUUUAGGGAAUGCAACUAUUAAUUGUAAAAAAUGGCACGUAAAAGAAAAAUUCCUGCUCGUAAGCAUCAUGGAGUCCGUGAUCCACUUAAGCAACUGGAAGCGAAGGAGAAAAGACUGAGUAAAGUUACAAACAAUCCUCCAGAACACGACAGUCAGCAAGUAUCAUUUAAAUUCGCACAAUUUAAGAAAUUGGUGGAUGACACAAAAGCUGGAAAGAAAAUCAAACGUAUACACAAAGGUCGGGAAGAUAGACCCAAAAAUAAUGCAACAAAUUCAAAAAAAAUCACGUACAUACAAAAGUUAAGAGAUGAAACCGAUGAAGAUUACUUAAAGCGGGUAAACCGAGUAACCACCCAGUCUUUGCGGGAAGCGCAGUACGAAGCCAAAUAUGGGGUCAAUGUUGUUAGGAAUCCUAAAACCGGAGAAAUUUCUAUUACAAAAAAGCCGAAAAAUGAAAUCGAUGAACUUUUGAAAGAAAAACAAAAGAGUCGAGGCAAGAGAAAAAAUGCAAAAAACACAACAUUAAAACCUUUGAAUCCCGAGCUUGCGAAAGAAUUAAUUAAACAGGCCAUUAAGGAAGAUAAGGAAGAGAAAGCAAAAGCGAAUAUGGAUAUAGAAGAAUACAAGCAAGACGUUUUCCGAUUUGGGGAAGUGGUACACGCACCUCCCUCGCUUUUAACAUUGCCUCGAAAGGCACAAAAGUUCGACACCGUACCCAGACCUGGUAAAAAGUCGAAUUUGUUGUUGAAAUCGCUGCUACCAGAUAACAGAGUCGAUAACGAAAAAGAGUUGAAGGUACCCAAAGUUGCUGAGGGUAAAGUGGAGAAACCUGCACUGAGUGGUAAACGGAAGAAACUCCCACUAGCUACAAGAAAAAUGCUCGAAGAUGAGCAAGGAAAACUGAUUGAAAUGUACAGAGCCAUGAAGAAAACAAAAGCUAAAAAGUCAUGACGUACGUUAUAAUUUUUAUUUUUAAACUAAAAAUAAAAAAAAAAAACUUCAA